GUCAUUCUCUGUGGGAGGACGGUAACGUUAGCUGUCGACUAGCCGUGCGAACAAUCCACAAGGACAACACACGUCCCUGUUGAGUGUGAGAUGCCAGGUGCUGGUCCAUGGGUGUCAGCCGGCUAGAUGUAUUUUACAGAAGACUGCUCCUCACCAAACUCUUCAUUGGGGGUUGGGGGAAGCCUGAAGACCUCAAGAGGAUCUUUGAGUUCCGUAAGAUCAUUGGAGACAGAGAGAGGUGUAAGUCUCUGGUGCCGGAGGACUAUCCAGUUUACAUAAACAAGACAGAGGAACACAGUGACUGUCAGAUCCAUGAUGGCUUCUUCAUCUCUCCUCUGGAGCAAUUGGUUCCUGGGAUCCUGCCUCCAGAAUCUGUGAAAGCCAGGUUCCAGUUUAUAGUUCCUAAGAGAUGGCAGAAGAACAGACCAGUAUGUAUCCACUUGGCUGGGACUGGAGAUCAUUUUUUCUGGCGUCGGAGGACCCUGAUGGCCAGGCCCAUGAUCAAAGAGACAGGAAUGGCUUCACUGCUUCUGGAGAACCCUUAUUAUGGCUACCGUAAACCCAAAGACCAACUGAGGUCCAGUCUAAAGAAUGUGUCAGACCUGUUAGUGAUGGGUGGUGCUUUGAUCCUGGAGUCCACAGUGCUUCUCCGUUGGCUGGAAAGAGAGGGAUACUGGCCUCUAGGAAUGACUGGCAUCUCCAUGGGAGGAUAUAUGGCGUCCUUGGCAGUGACUAACUGGCCGAAGCCCAUCCCUCUGAUUCCCUGUCUGUCCUGGUCCACUGCCUCCAGUGUAUUCACCACGGGCGUGCUGAGUAAAGCAGUGAACUGGACAGAGCUGGAGAAGCAGUAUGCUAUUAAUUCAGUGUAUGAAGAUAUCAUUAAGCUGUUGGAGUACUGUGGGGCUGAUUCCUUUAAGAUGGGUCAAGGACUUUUGAAGAACUCUCCAGGUAGUGUGGACUCUUUAGAGCAACUGCUGGGCCUGUCUACAGAUGACAAGACAUCACAAGCCCAGUACUGUAAAGCUGAAGGGAAGGCUGAGGCUGGUCGAGGCCUGUUGAUCAGAGGCUCUGGAGACAAAGUAGACCAGUUAUUAUCAUCAGUGAACAGCUGUGGAGUGAACUUCGACACUCUACCAAGCUUUCAUGCUAAGAACACACUGCAUGAGAAGAAGAGGGAUUCAUCCAAAUACUGUCGGCAAUCAUUACACAUGGAGUCUAUAAGCUUCAUGAAGGGAGUGAUGGAUGAAUGCACACACAUGGCCAACUUCUCUGUUCCUGUAGACACCAGUCUCAUCAUUGUGGUCCAGGCCAAAGAAGAUGCCUACGUCCCUCGUGCAGGGGUCCGCAGUUUGCAAGAGAUCUGGCCAGGGUGUGAAGUCAGAUAUCUGAAUGGAGGACACAUAAGUGCCUAUCUGUUUAAGCAGAAUGUCUUCAGACGGGCCAUAUAUGAUGCAUUCAACAGAUUCUGCAUGAAGUAUCCCAACCUGCACUAGCCCUGGCUCCCUGUGACAGCACCAGUACUGCAUGCUGAACAGAAUGGAAGUGGACACCUGUGUGUGGGUAGGCUGAAACACACUGCAUCAUCUGGACAGUGUCCUCAGCAUGAAGUAUGGCAGUUCAAUCAUUUCUACUGAGACCUGAUGAGUCUGAAUUUUACAGGCUAUUCUUAGAUAAAGAUCACUUGAGCACAGUCCCUUUGUAAUUCUUUACAUUGCCUUCUUCUGUAAAGGCGACAGUGUGUGCUCUCAUGCACCCAAACAAAAAUAAGUGAUUGAAGCUGUAACCGAAUGAAAAAUGUGACCCCACAUUCUGUGCCCUAAGAUAUUAUUGUCAGAUAGCAGAUGUCAGUUGUUGUGGAAUCUUCCCACCAGUAUCUGGUUGUCAAAGGAACCUCAGGCCUCUAGUUUCACUGUGGUAAACUGGUGCUAACUGUGCUGGCUGUGUUAUGAAUAUUCCACCCACUCCCCCUUUUACCUCGAGUGACCCUGGAUAGAAUAUACAUAGUCCCUGUAAUAUAAUACUGAUAUUAUGUCAGAAAAUAGAUAGAUAGAUUGACUGUAUUAAUCCCAGAGGGGAUAUUUAAAAUGUCCCUUAUGUGUGGCCAUGACAAACCUAGCUUACUAUAAAUUUAACAAAGGUACAAUCUCUAAAUACAAAACUGAUAUCAGAGAAAUGUAAUAGCAACAUUUUAAAAUAUGAAUCCAUUCCCAUGUGGGGUUGAAAUUGACCCACUUCUACACUGAUAAAACAAACCCAGCAUCAUACUGCUGCUACUUCACAUUCAAAGUUUGACAGACUGCUUACCUCCAACGUCUCAGCAAAGCAACCAACUUUACUGUAUCCUGUUGUCAUGUGGAAACUACUCCCACCAUGUCAGUAUAAAAUCAGAUCACGGUCCCUCUGCACAGCUGUAAACUAGAGGCUUCAGUGUCCUGAAGCUGUUUGAACCACUAUAACAGGACAGUAAAGAAUGGUAACAGUUUGUUGUAUUUGGUCCAGAUGUCAUAUCAUGUGCUACAUUUCUAUGACAUGCUGCACAUUCAUAGCUGAUACUGUUGCUGAUCUUUAGUCACACAUCAGUUAAGUGAGCAGUAUAUGGAACUUGUGAUGAAAGUUUCACUGGACACACAACAUAACAGCAAAUGCACAUUUCAGCUUAAAAAGAGAUCAGUCAGAACAUUCACUACACUUCCUCCUGUUGUUCACUGUAGUUGUUGGUAUAGGUAUAUAAUGUAGCACCCAAAAAGCAAAUCAGAUUGAAAGAAUAAAGCUAACCUCCCCCAAUGGAGUGUAAGUAAACACAUGAUGUGGACUAGAGGAGGGCAGAAUAACUAUCAGGGGGAUUAUAUCAGAUAUAGAUUGUCUGACCCAAAACACAAUACAUUCCAAUAAAGUUCAUUCAAACAAGUGUAGAAAAUCUCCUGAAAACAGAAAGAGGCAGAGACAUUUGAACUACAUAGCUCUAUUUUUACACUGAAUUGACUUUUGCUUUUGUUCUAAAACGUGUGACAUGUAAUUAGUUUUUAAUACUCCCAAAAAUCUUUAAAGACAGAAAUCAACUUUUAGACGUAUACAAUCUGAAGGAUUCAUUCAUUCAUUGCAUUAUACAAUAGUUAGUUGUAUUUUGCUCUUGUUUGACUAGUUUAGUGUUUCAUUACCAUCAUUUAACACAUUUGACAUGUUUGAAUAAGCUGAAAAUGAAUUAUUUACAUUUGCAUUUAACUGAAUCAUUAUUAAACUCAAAGUAAAAAUAUCAUUAAAAUAAUACCAUUAAAUUACUUAUGUAAUUAAUAAUUCCAUUGCCUUAUAUUGUUUUUAAUUUCUGAAUUAAUAAUUGAAUAGUCAAGUUGUAAAAUGUAUUUAAAGCUGCCUUCAAACAUGUUGUAAUGUCUCUGCCUCUCAUAUUCCAUCUAAUGUGCUUCCUGCUGUAAUGUUCAGUGUCCAUGUCAUCAUUUGUCAUUUAAAGAUGGCUCUUUUGAAUUGAACCAUGUAUAAGCAGUGUGUCAGAUUACUACUGCAGCUCAGCUUGAUCCUGGGACUGAUCAGGUAUAUGGUUGGCGUACUGCUCUAUAAAAUAACAAAGUCACCCAAUGAAAACUGUACAGCUAUAAACAAAUGAAUUGUGACAUGGAAUAGGAUAUAACACAUAUUGAUAAAUGAAAUGAAAAUCAUUUUAAAAUUACUUUUAUUUUAAUAUUUAAUUCUUAAUUGCUCAUUGAAAUUCAGAAUAAGAAAUUAGAAAUAUUAAUUAGCAAAUUGAUUAUUGUUUUACUUUUAAGUUUAUUGAAGCAUCUUUAUUGAUAAAUCUAAUCAUACAGGUCCUGUAAUGUUUCAGUUCAGGUUGUAUCAGCUGUUCUCACUGUUAAUCACUGACUGUAGGUCAGGAUUUAUUUUAAUAAGAAGUUAAGAAACAGCAACAGUGUCUAUGCCCAAACGAAGACAACAUGUUGAUAAUGUUUGUCCUCUAAAACAAACCAGAGACCAGAUACAUAAUCCUCAUCAAUAUGUUGCAUACACUGCCAUGUUCUUUAAGGAAAUGAACUGGGCAAGAACAGACACACCUUUCCACCAACAAACAGUAUUGUAGAUCAUAUGAUCACACAGUGGCAGCUGCUGUGGAAACCUACACAGUGUUUUAUAUUUUACACUACUCACCAGUGAAUUUCCUUUCUAUAAGAAGGAUUCAGUUGUGAGUCAGGGCAGGGCUCAUGUCUACUGUCAUUAAAGGACCACACCACUGUGUAGUCAGGUUUGGACAAUGUUUAGCUGUGAUGUGAACUGUCAGUGAUUAGUAGUAAAUGGGCUAAAACAUGUAGAACCAGUGGAAUGGUCCUUUUAAGAACUUGCUGAAGCUACUUUCUGCUAUAAAGUACAGUAUACUGCUCCCUUUAUAUGGAAUCUAUUUGCCAAUCAUUGUGUGUCCUUGUGUUGGAUUUCUUUUUAUUGUUGUUGUUCCAUUUAUCUUAUGAUAUUUGUGUGCCACAGUUACACCUUCUUUGUCCCAACAAAACAGUUGGUUCUCCACCACAGUUCCAUGAAAUAAGAAGUCACCUUUCAGCAGCUUGAUUGGUAACAUCUGUACAUGUGUAGAAGUUUUCUAAUGAGAUUAUUGGUAAAUGGCUGAAAUUGAGCAGCACUUUUAUACUGUUAGACUUUACAGUGCCUCUCCUUCAUGACCAUCAGGAGCAAUGUGGGCUUCAGUGUCUUGCUCAUGGACACUUCAGCAUGUGGACUGGAGGUGUUGGAGAUUGAACCAUGAGUAAUGGAUGAGCUUCUCUAGCCCCUGGACCACUGCCUCCCCCACAGUAUCCCUGCUCCAUUUAAAAAUAUGUUGUUAUUAGAACCUAAACACAGGCUUUUUUACAUGAGGUGCUCUGAUUUGUAUGGGUCUAAAAGGAUUUUAAAACCUCAACUCCAGAACACACUGCUGUGCUGUAAACUAUAAGCUAACUCUGGUAAAAGUCUGUGCUUUCCAUCUUGUAAUCUUGUGCAAAGUCAUUAUACCUGUUUUCCACUGCAGCUCUGUGAGGUUGUACUGAGGCACAGUGAUGCUGACAUCGGCAUGCUAACAUGCUCAUAGUGACCAAUGCUAACAGGUUCAUGUGUAUAUAAUGAGUACCAGAGUUCACCCAUCUAAAAGCUGCUGUUUUUGUUAGAUAUCUUACAAAAAAACACAAAUGUACACCUGCAGGUGAAGGAAGAGGAACCCUGCAGUCAUUAGGAUUCACACAGUGUGGAACAUGAGUGUAUGUUUAAAAAAAAAAGAAAUUGCCAAUCCAUCGAAUGACCGACCAACAUUUCCAUAGAUUGAUGCUGCUAACAUUGCAGAUUGCAGACACAUGAGCCUCCAGGUAGCACUGGGGGCCUCUUCAUUACCACCAACACACACUGGAGUUUGUUUCUGUUCAUAUUAACUCAAUCUCACACACAUCCUGCUGCCACCAACACUCAUAACGCCUAAUGUUAUUCUGAACAGUGACUACUACGAACACAGCUAUGAAACAUUCAUCCAUUAUGAAUGCUUUCAGAACAGUCUUGAUUUCCUUCUUUUUUUCUCUCCAUCACAGACUAUGUAUUUCUGUCUCAUGCAGCUUAGUUUCAGUUGUAAUUCAGCAGCAGCUUUAAAGGAUGAGUCUGGCCAUUUUCUUUAUUUGUCUUACUAUCAACAAAUGUAAUGCACAGCCAAACAAAGAGUUGAUUUACAUACACAUCUACAUGGUGUGUGUAUCCAAAGCCUGGUCUAUCUGUAUAUCUGUGUGGUAAACAUCUGUUGUCCAAUGUGCACAGUUUGAAAAGAUUUUCAAAAUACACACCUGUCUUCUCUGUUGUAAAAAUAUUGCCUAUGAUGACUGAUUAAGGGUUGACACUUAUCUAUACACUUUUAAUGUGAUUUAAAAAUAGUCUUUUCAAAGCACAAGUUAAUUCAACUAAAAUAGUAUUUAUUUGUAUACUUAACAAUACUAUUGACCACAGACUGCCUUUUUUCAUAGUUAAAACAUGUGAAGAAGUGUUUGGGGCUGCAGGUACAGUAUAUGAUAAAGCUUUGGGGAGGGAGCAUGAUGCUUGUGGUGGUGGUGGGGCAGGUGAGUGUACAGGUGUGGUCAUCACUCUCACUUUAAAGACAUAUGAUAUGAGAUAAACCUGUCUCUUGUAUUCCUUUAAAUGAACAAAAAACCCUAAAUUAGAGUUUUAUUACCUACUACUACCUACAUGACCUACCCAUUGUUUGUCCAAUGGCUGUGAAGUUGGUUUCGAGAACAAAUGUUCACGUUCAUUACUGCAUCAUCACUCUGAAACAUCAGUAUGCAGGAGCAGUUUCAGAGGGUCAAAAAAAGCAAAUCAUUUCUAACAGCAUCUCCCAAAUGGUCCUUGGCUAAUUGACUCUUGAUAACAGUGCAGAAAUGCACAUGUUCAUUCUGUCAGUUGACAUUGUGCCUCAGUACUUACAUGUUCCACUCACAGUGCUGUGGUGAAAGAUUGUUCUGCUUUUGUGUGUUUGUGUUGUAGGUUCAAACAUCCAGAUGAUAUGUUUUAAAUGCAGUUAUUGAACGGAACAAAGGGAAAUACACAUGUUGUUUUGAUAGAGAACAAAGUCAUCAUAGAUUUAAAGUGCUCAGGAAACAAGUGAAGAGCUUGAAAACACUCUUGUAUACAACAGAAACAAGUCAUGAAGAAGUAGUGUUGCCUAAGCACUCUACCCAACUCUGACUGGCAACUCUGUACUGGUCUUUUGAAUUCCCAAUGAAUACAUUUUCCUGUUUAGUACAAUCUCACUGUGUUACUUUUCAAUUUUGAAUUAAAAAUGAAUCAAAUAAUCCUG